GUUGGGACCCUUCCUCAGACUAGUGGGGGUGGAGCAGGAGUUUUAUUUCUCCAACUUCUGGACGAUAAAACACAUCGGCUGUGUUUCUGUUUCACCUUCCACAGAUGCUGCCUCUUCUGCUGAGCUUUUCCAGCAUUUUGUUCCGUGUUUAGCCCGUUUGCAAUUGGUGUCUUGGAAGCGGGGCAACCAAUCUUGGACGGGCAGCGAUGCAGCGAGGUGGAGCCAGGCGGGGGAGGGAGAGGGACAGAGAGAGAGCGGGGUUAGAGAGAGAGGGGGGUAGGGAGACAGAGAGGGAGAGAGCUGCCUGCGAGUAGACUCAGCCUUGUUGCGGCUCCACUACUCUGUAGUCGGCAGCUCUUAGACUUGCAUUGGGGUUCCCGGCCGUGUGCCUUUAAAGACGGCAGGACACCGCGCGGAAGUUUAGCAUUUAAACCGAAGGGAAAUUAGAAAACUAUAUUAAUUUGUUAAUUAUUAAUAACGAAACGGUGACAGGUUCGGACUUGACCUUUCACGGAGUAACUUCUGGCAAUCGACGACAACUUUUUAAACUCCGAGUGAAAAGUCAGUGCGCCACGUCUCCCUUCUUCUCAACACUUUGAAGUGUAAAACAUGGGUUCAGCUGACGCAGCAGAGAGUAACUCUGCGUCAGGGCACAGCACUGCAGAGGAUGACAGCUUUGAGUACAGGGUACUGAUGGCCUAUGCAGAAAGGACCUUGUUGGUGGAUAAACUAACGCCGCCCAAGACUGGCGACAGACGGACAGAGCCGCCGUCAGGUGGAAGGAGGAGCGAGGGACCACUGCCUCAGCUGGAGUCCGCUACACACCACUCUAAGGGCAGCACCAAGCACCGUGCUCACCGGCGGAGGUUCAAGUGGAAGAGGGUGUUUCCGAGGUGUUUGCGCGCGCAGGCAUCGAGUGACCGGGAACCGGAGGAUGGAGUGGGUGGUGGCGAUGACAUAGCACGGAGCCAAUCGAUUGAAAUCGUUGUUCCUGAAGCAGAAUGUGUUUCAGAAACCGACCCACAGGAGAUUGCCGAAAUGUUGCAGGAUGUCAUGAGCACAAACGUUUCUUUUAGGAUGUUGCAUUCUACCAAUGUAGAAGUAGAUGGGCCAGAUGAUCAAAAAACUAUAGACCGUAUCGUUGAGUUCUUGACUACCAAAGGAGAUUCGAUUGAUGAAGAAAUCAAGAAGGACCCUCAGUUUGGCAAACUAUUUGGUGAGAAGCCUUCACUCUCGUUUUUCAAGAAGAUAAUGGAUUAUGUCCGCCAGACAACCUUGCCUGCAGAUGCUGAGAGCGAGGGAAAGGCCACGUUGAAGCAGUUUGCCUUUAUUGUACAUGCAACAACCAAGUUUGCUGUCUCUGCCAACUUCCCAAUGGCUCGAGUCAUGGGCUACGGAGGAGUGUAUUUACGGGAAAACUUCUCCAACUGGGUCAAGGAAGAGGGAGGAUGGGACAAGAUAAUGAUAAUGGAAGAGCAACAUGUUGACUAACAACCAGGUGCCCCAACGUGAAAGCUUUUGGAACGAGCGGACACUGAUGCCUGCACCUCCACAGACAUGUUUCAUGCAACAGUGACUGGUGAUGUGAAGCAGGAGAUCAGGAUGUAGAGAUUGUUACUGUGCGCAUUGAGUCUUGUAACUACUUCAUCUCUGGUGCACCAACUGGAACCACAAUAAGCUGCCUUUUUAAUCCAAUGUAACUUCACAUGGGCAUUGUGCUGUGGGAACACACACACGUCUACUGAGGUUAUCUUGUUGGAUGAGGUACUCCUGCCCCCCAUCCCCAAAGGUGCAAUCUGCUCUUUUCUAAAAUGAAUACAUUGACAGAAGUCGGCGUAAUUUCUUGUGUGUGUGUGCGUGUGCCUCUGUGAGUCUCUGCCUGUGUGUGUGUGCGCAUGCAUGUGUGCCUGUGCGCGCGUGUGUGUGCGUGUGUGUGUGCACGUGUCUGUGUGUGCGCAUCUUGAUGAUCACAGGCAGAAUGAGCCAAUAUUGAAAAAUAAUCUGUAAUCCUGGGAUCUUUUACCAUCGGGCAAACAUUCCUGUAAGAAUCGACUUCAGAUGGUGCCAAUUGUGAAAUUUGUAUUUUGAACAUUUGGUUGUAUUUUUCUUUCUAGAUUAAUUGGGUCUUAUCCUGAUUUAAAAUAGAACAAUGCACUCAACUGUAUUACGUCCCACUGUUGAGCAGCCCGAUGUGGAAUACAGCUUUCUGUUAGAAGGCAGCAUGGUGGUGCAGCAGGUGGAGCUGCUGCCUCACAUUGCCAGAGAUCUGGGUUUGAUCUUGCUGUCUGUGUGGAGUUU